AUUAAGCUGGACCAUUUGACAGAAAAGAAAAAUGAACAAUUUUAUGAAGAAGCUUGAAAAAAAGGUUCAAAUCCAGGCAUGUCACAUGAUUAACCAGGACACAGGAACCUAAUUAUAGAGACUGUAUAAAAUAGUAGUCUGUCUAUCUCCAUGUCCUGUUAAUUCAGUCUCCAUGUCCUGUUAAUCCAGUCUGUAUGUUCUGUUAAUCCAGUCUCUCUACACUGUGUAUUAUCCUUAACCCUGGUGCCUCUACGUGGUUUGAGCGCUGCAGUAUAAUGGUGAUAUUACUCAACUGUGUGACCCUGGGCAUGUACCAACCCUGUGAGAACAUAGACUGCUCUUCAGACCGCUGUAAGGUACUACAGGCCUUCGACGUGUUCAUCUAUGUCUUCUUUGCGGUGGAAAUGGUGGUGAAGAUGAUGGCCCUCGGAAUCUUUGGCCGUCGCUGUUACCUGGGCGACACGUGGAACCGUCUGGAUUUCUUCAUCGUCAUGGCAGGGUAAGAUUAUUUCUCUCUGUCUUUUUUUAUUUUUUAUCUCUCUCUCUCUCUGUCUUUUUUUUUUUAUCUCCCUCUCAAUUCAAUUCAAUUCAAGGGGGUUUAUUGUCAUGGGAAACAUAUGUUAACAUUGCCAAGCAAGUGAGGUAGAUAAUAUACAAAAGUGAAAUAAACAAUAAAAAUUAACAGUAAACAUUACACAUACAGAUGUUUCAAAGGAAUAAAGACAUUUCAAAUGUCAUAUUAUGUAUAUGUACAGUGUUGUAACGAUGUACAAAUGGUUAAAGUACAAAAGGGGAAAUAAAUAAGCAUAAAUAUGUGUUGUAUUUACAAUGGUGUUUGUUCUUCACUGGUUGCCUUUUUCUUGUUGUAACAGGUCACAAAUCUUACUGCUCUGAUGGCACACUGGUAUUUCACCCAGUAGAUAUGGGAGUUUAUCAAAAUUAGAUUUUUUUCGAAUUCUUUGUGGAUCUGUGUAAUCUGAGGGAAAUAUGUCUCUCUAAUAUGGUCAUACAUUGGGCAGGAGGUUAGGAAGUGCAGCUCAGUUUCCACCUCAUUUUGUGGGCAGUGAGCACAUAGCCUGUCUUCUCUUGAGAGCCAGGUCUGCCUACGGCGGCCUUUCUCAAUAGCAAGGCAAUGCUCACUGAGUCUGUACAUAGUCAAAGCUUUCCUUAAGUUUGGGUCAGUCACAGUGGUCAGGUAUUCUGCCACUGUAUACUCUCUGUUUAAGGCCAAAUAGCAUUCUAGUUUGCUCUGUUUUUUCUCUCUCUCUCUAUCUUUCUGUCACUAUAUCUCUCUCUCUCCCUCUCCCCCCUCUCUCUCUCUCUCUGUCACAAUAUCUUUCUUUCGCUCACUUUCCUUCCCCCUACUCUCUCUCUCUCUCUAUCUCUCUGUCACAAUAUCUCUCUCUCCUCCCCCCUCUCUCUCUUUAUUUAUCUCUUUCUCUCUC